ACCUUGGACGCAAGCGCACAACACCAGCCUCGUCUGUUACCAGAGGUAUUGCGUCACCACGGGCACGAUGAUGGACGGGUGGACUUGUCCUCCUAGGUGGACUUUGUCACCGUACUGCUUCCGCCCUAGUUGAGAGACUGUGAGGCUGCACCGCGAUCGUCCUUGCGUAUGAUCAGAAGACUACUGUAGAAGAAUACUACCUAGGUAUUCAGUUCCCUGUGUGAUAGUCACGCCAGAUCGCUACCUUGAACUUGUUCUUUCACUUGCCCGGGCUAGGUACCCACCACCCCGCGUCUCCCCCCGCACAAGUACUUGAACCGCCUGAUAAAUAAAUUGGUCUCCCUCACUUGCACCCAGUCUUCUCCAACACACUGUGCGAUUCUGACGGCAAUAUGUUCAAGCUUCUCAUCGUGGCGGCUCUCGCUGCCGUGGGCGUCUCCCAGUACAGCCCGCCGCCAUCUUUCGGCAACAUGACCAACUCAUCAACAUUUAUGAACCCGAUCGUGCCCACUGGAGCAGACCCCUGGAUGUUCCGCCACGAAGACUACUACUACAUGACCUACACCAACAACGUCAACAUAACUCUCUGGCGCAGCAAAUCCCUCACCGACUGGUCAACCGCAGAGUCUAAGACCAUCUUCCAACCUCCGCCCGACCAACCCUAUUCCACCGACCUCUGGGCCCCAGAAAUCCAUCAGAUCGACAAUGCCUGGUGGGUAAUCUUCACCGCGGACCCCAACUUCGAUUCUCCACCCCCAGAGACGGAAAUGUGGUGUGAAUACAACUGCCCCGCCGUAAACCACCGCAUGUUUGUUGCCGUGGGCGAAGCUGAUGAUCCCUGGACGCCUGAGUACAGCUACCGCGGCCAACUCGAAACUUACGACCAGUUUGCGAUUGACGGGACAUACUUCCAACACGCUGGCCAAUUGUACCACAUCUACUCAUGCUGGUACCACAAAUACGACGGCUGGCCCGCGAACCUCUGCAUCACCAAGCUGUCGGAUCCAUUAACCACCGUGUCACCUUUCUCCGAACGCCAAAUCAUUUCCGUGCCGGAGUACGCGUGGGAGAAAACACCCUUUGGACGGGCCUCUAAUGAUCGGCUCUCUUCAAACGAAGGGCCCCAGCAGUUGGUCAAUCCAGUCACCAACCAAACCUUCCUCAUCUACAGCGCCGCGCGGUCUGAUAACCGUAACUACUGUCUCGGCCAGCUGGAGCUUGUAGGCGACGACCCGAUGAACCCUAGUGACUGGCGCAAACAUCCUUACCCCGUCUUCUACCAGAACCCUAGUGAAAAGGCGUAUGGUGUUGGACACGCGUCAUUUACUACUUCUCCAGACGGCACUGAGGAUUGGAUUGUGUAUCAUGGUAUGGAGGAUCCGACGAAUGGGUGGAGCGCGCGUACGAUUCGGGCGCAGAAGUUUGGCUGGAAAGAGGACGGGAGUCCGGAUUUCCCUAAGCCGGGAUACGGGCCGUAUGAGGUGCCUAGUGGGCAGUAGAUAGAUGUGAGAUAUGGCGGAUAGGUCUACAGGAAUAAGAGGCAUGCUGUUAGGGUGGGCGCGCGCUUCGAUACUGCCCAACCUGCGCGUCUUGCAUCUUUUGGGCAGGAGCGACCAGAUGCAGUGCUGAUCAGGCUCACGGAUAAUAUUUCGCAUGAUGUCUCUCUUGUAUACAGAGCAUGGGUACUUGGAUAUCCUUGGAACCG